AAAAGCGUUACUCCAGUGCUUCCAACAGAUAUUGUACAGUUGGCACUUGAGCAAGCUCUGAAAAACCAAACCAUGAAUUCAGUUCAGAAUGUAGCCAUCGGGAAUCAAGUUUUAAACAGGACUGAGAUAUUGGUAUCUACACUGGUGAACCGUCAACAAGACAACUACUCAGUUUUCAGCUUCUCUGUUCAGGGUUUAGAGGUUCAAGUCUUUGCAGUCGGACUGAACGCUUCCUUGAACAACACUCCUCAGCUCAGCAUAAACAACGCUCAGAUGAACAUCGACCUCAUCCAGAUUUCAGUGAAUAGCAAUGGAUCAGCAGCUGUGGCCUUCAUGAGCUACACUAACUUGUCGAGUGUACUGAAACCCAGCCUGUUCAGUACAACUAACAAUGCAGCUAAAACCAUGAUGUCCACUGUGAUAUCAGCCACGCUGCCCAGAACUACCAACCAACAGCUGGACACACCUGUCAACUUCACACUGAAACACAUUGCAGAAAUUGACCCUAGUGGUAGACUUCACUGUGUGUACUGGGAUAACACUCAAUGGACUGUGGAUGGCUGUGACCUUCUCCAGACCAACAGCAGCCACUCUGUUUGCUCCUGUGUUCACCUGUCAACCUUCGCUCUCAUCAUGCAGACCAACAGUGAUCCUGUGGUGGAGCACAUCAUCAUGGUGGCAGUGGCAGUGGGGCUAGUGUUCCUCAGCUUGGCUCUACUGACAUUUGCUGUUUAUAGACAGAACCUGAGGGUGACCAACACAGCUCAGAUCAACCUGUGCAUAAGCUUGUUGCUGGCCCACCUUUUAUUUCUGCUGACACAGAAAUUCAUACAUUACAUACGACCUCAACAGCUGCUGUGUGCAGUGCUGGCAGGUGUUCUGCACUUCCUCUUUCUCUCUGCGUUUGUGUGGAUGUUCAUUGAAGCUGUGCUGCUCUUCAUCUCCGUGAAGAACCUCACAACGAUCAGAUCAAAGGUGAAGGAGAGUCUUCAGGGGAAGUGGGUGGUUGUGAUUGGUUAUGCUGUACCUCUGGCUGUGGUGUUCAUGUCUGCUGGGCUUGCUCCAAAUGGAUAUGGCAGUGAAAAGUGCUGGCUUAGGAAAGACUUUCUGUGGAGUUUUCUGGGGCCCGUUAGUUUCAUUCUGGCAGCAAACACAGUCCUCUUCAUCAGCAUCUUGGUCAUCUUAUUCUUAACUCUGAAAAAUAUGAAAGAUGAAAUUUUGAAAAUCAAACGGUCAGAAAGUGACCACCGACUUUUUAGAAGUGUGGCGUGGAAAGCCAUGAUGCAGAUCAUCAUCCUCGGUUGCUCCUGGAUUCUGGGUUUCUUCGCAGACGACAAUAAGGCAUUGGAGAUCGUCUUCAUCGUGCUUAACUCCCAGCAGGGCACCUUUAUCUUUCUGGUCCACUGUGUCUUCAAUCAAGAGGUGAGGCAGCUGUAUGUGAAGUGGUGGCGAGGUCUCUGGGCUGUCCAAGCACCGCCUAAACAUGAUUCCACAACAUUAACAUCAGAGUUCUAGAUACUAACAUUUAUUGAGCACCGUGGGCUUUGUUUGUUUCAGAGUUAAAUGUUUGAGGUUUUCUUUGUUUUAUUUACACAUUCUUGUCUUUUUUUUAAGUUUAAGUCCUGGGUGUGAGGGUGUUUUCUGUGGUGACUUAAUUUUGGGAUAGGACAGUAAAACUGCUUCUUAUGCUAUAUUAUACACAAUGUGGUAAAGAUAACCUGAUUUAUUUU